AUGCAGGCCACGGGUUGUCCCGUCACCGUUCAGCCACAGAUCCAUUUUGCAUCCUGGCGCUCCGGAGCCAGGCAUAUGCCUCUUUUGGGUAUGAUUGACUUGAAGGCCUGGUGUCGCUUCCGGGAUCGUACUCCAGCCAAGCUUGCCAUUGAUCAGGAUGCUUUGUGCCGGGCCUGUCGCCCCGGCCCUGAGCUUGAGAUACUUCGCCAGGCCUUUGCUGCCAAGCAACACCUUUUUACAGCUGAUUUGCUACCCUCCCAAGCGGAGGCUGAGCUUCGCAACAUCUGUGUCAAGGCUUUUCCUUUGCAGCGCAAUCGAACCAUUGCUCUGCAGUGGCAAAACCCGGAGGUUGGUCAGGAUUUGUCUCUCACAUGGCAACUGCGUCGCAGCCUCAAGCAGCAAGCCGCCUUUUGGCCGCAUCUGUCGUCUACGUUUAGAGCAUGGAGGUUGCAUGUACAGCUAAGCCGAAGAGUCAAAGAACUGAAACGCAACAGCCGUCGUAGGCGACGCGAACAUUGGCAAGCACAGCUUUCGGAGGCGGAGCAAGCAAGCAAAGCUGGCAACCCGCUGAAAUUCUUUCAAGUUGUGCAGAGGCUGGCACCCAAGCGAGCACAUGCACGAGUUCAGAUCCGUGAUCCCAAGGGUCAGAUCCUCACUCCAGCCUUGGAAGACAAAGCCCUUGCAGACUACUGGCAAGGUAUCUACUCCAGCACCAGUCUGCCUUAUCAGGCUGUUUGUCUUCGUGAGUCACUCCUUGUUACCCAGCAGGAGCUCCAUGAUGCUCUCCGAGGCCUAAAACAACGAAAAGCUGUAGCCAAAGAUUUGGCUCCGGCUGCUGUCUGGAAGGCCCUUGCCUCUCCUCUGUCUUGCUAUCUGAAUGCCGUGCUGAGCAAAAUCUGGCAGCCUGGUCCGCUUCACAUUCCAUCUGUUUGGGCAAGGUCGGAUCUACAUUUUCUCUUGAAGCCUCAAAAAGUCACGCGACGGCCGCAGGAUUUGCGCCCAAUUGCCCUCCAAUCGGCGGCGGCAAAGGCAGUCCUGACAGUCUUUAAGCAACGCUUGCAGCCCAGCUUCUUGGAGGCUAUGCGCACCCUCCCACAGUAUGCCUACGUGAUGGGAAGGUCCACUCACGAGGCUAUCUCGCGGGUAGCGGCACAUUGCAAGGAAGUCCGUGACUUGCUCAGGUCUCAAAGCUUGACGGUUUUCGAUCGAUUUGAAGGACCUUGCAGCUUUUGCUACGAGACACAGACCUUUCUCUUGAAGAACAGCAGGUUCUACUUGAAUGGCAUCAGGCCAACGGCCCAGGAUGGACUGCCCGGCGUGGUUCUCAACAUCUUUCGCAUACUGCGUGAGCUUGGCAUGCAGGCCAACCCCGACAAAAGUACCUUUAUCAUAGGUGCCAGAGGACAGCAAGCGCGAAAGUGGGUGAAACGCUGGGUCCGCAAGGACUCCGACGGUCGCAAGCAAUUCCAUUUUGGAGGUGCCAAACAAGAUAGAGUCCCAGUGGCCAGUCAGCUUACCUAUCUUGGAGUUGUUCUCUCUUAUCGGAAUUUCGAGUUGGCGACUGCUAACCAUAGGAUAGGGGUAGCCGCAGGCCAUCGUGAUCGGCUCCGCCGAAUUUUGCAUGCCAGACGUGUGCUCAGUGUGGGGCAUCGCCUCCGAUUGUGGCGCAUUAUGGUGCAGACGUCGCAGUUAUAUGCUGUUGAAGCUGUUGGCCUGACCGCUGAGACGGCCAAGCUCCUUCACAUCCAGACUAUGCGGCAUAUGCGAGCGAUUAUUGGCUCUGCCAGGCACGUGGAUGGGGAUUCGGAUCAGCUUUUCAUGCUUAAGCAUUGCAUUCCUGAUUGUGUAGAGCUGGUUAAGACAAAGUGUGACGCUUUUUGCCAACGAUUGGCACGAACUGAGCUUGAGAUCCCAUGCUUUGGUGCCGAGGGCAUUUUGCAAUGGGCACAGUUUGUGCGGGACUCACUGCCGCCACCCUACAUUGCCAAGCCUCGGUCUCAGCCGACUCCUGCAUCUUCAGCCUCUGUACCCACCCCCGUCCCUGAGGAUUCAGCACCCAGUGCUCACCCCAAGCCUGUGCCAUUGCCUCCGCCGUCUAGUGAGCGUGAUGUUGCUGGUGCAGUCGUUGCUUCUGCACCCUCUGCUCCUACACUGGCCCCGUCCUCGGGGCCACCAGCACCCUCUAAGCCCGCGAACGGCUUCUCUUGCGCGAUCUGUGAUCAGGUCUUCUCCAACCUACACGAUCUCAAGACACAUGAGGGCAAGGCCCACAAGAAGGUCCGGGAUAAAAUUGCCCAAGUUCAGCACACUGAGCAUGGCUACAACGGCUUUCCCAUAUGCAGGCACUGUGGUGACAAAUUCUCCAAAUGGAGUGCGCUUACCAGGCAUGUUACCAGGCAGGGCUGCCCUGCCCUUGAACGUGGUGAGCCGGAAGCAUAUGCAAAGUCGCAGGCUGAGGCUAUGGUGACACCCCACGUGCAAAGGCCACACAUUAUGCAAGCCAUACGUGAAAAUGGCUGGGAAUCGCUCUUGACCAAUGCUGAUCUGUGUGUCGACCUCAAGCAACGGUGUGCCUUGUGCUAUCAAUGGGAUCCCGUGCUUCAAGAGAAGCAGCUGUGGGGGCAUCUUCUGCCCUCUCUGGAGGAGGCGGUUCAGGAUUGGCCAAUGAAUCACGACGACAGCAAAGGGGACAAGCCAUCGGAGGCCAAGUCGAAGGACCUGAACAAGCGCCGUCGAACAAACGACAAUCCAAGCUUCAGUUCGGACAAGCAAGAUCGCAAGGGCAAAGGCAAGGGCAAGGGCAAGACCAAAUCCUCGAAGGAUGCAAGCAAGAUGGAACUGAAGGAGGCGGUUCAGCUUAUGGCGGCCAUGACUCUGCAGCUAGUGGAUCAGGCGAGCAGGGUUCAGCUGGACACAAGCUUUCUACUUACCAUGAAGAACGAGCCGGGUCCGGAAAACCUGUUACCCAUCAUGUACAAGGUGUGGAAAGCUUGGAAAACCAUGCAAGAACAGGAGCCAAGCAAGCUGGACAAACCUCUUCGUUGCAGUAUGAUGAUCUCCAUGCUUCUGGAAAUCAAGGCCAGAGCCAAAAAGCUACUGGACGACUCCGAGCAGCAGGAACGCAUGAAGGCUCUCGAGUGGAUCGACUCCGAGGGUCGAUGGGUUUAUCGCAAAUGGUCUCCAACUCAGGAGGCUCUGUACCUCGAUCAGUCCAGGAAGCCGAUUCCUCAAACAGCAUUCGUCGAGCAGCUGGAUCAGGCCAUGACUUUGCUGGUACGUCCGGAAAACAUGCCGAGAUUUCAGUCGAGGGAACUGGCACCGGAGAUGAAGGGCUACGCGGUGACCUUUCAUGUGGACAUCGGGCUCCGCUCGGAAGCAGAGCCUCUGUGGCAGAUUUUCAACACAUGGGUGGACCUCCAGGCCUGGGUGUUGGGGGCGGUGAGAAUACGGCCCCAUCGGCUGAAGCGACCGCCCGCGGCCGAUCGUCUAUCGGUCUGGCUUGGCAAUCACUGA